GGUGGUAUUACCUUUGGUAAAGAGAAACUCAAAGGUGGUAUUACCUUUGGUAAAGAGAAAAUGGCAGCCUGAAUAAAUUGUGCUUUCUGAUAGGCAGCAGAACUGUGAAUGGUCCAUGUCUGUCUGGUGGCAAGUCAGACCUAGAGGGGAUAUAUAAAUGAAAAUAAAUCCAUAAGUAAUGUAAAAUCCUGGUGUCUAUUUCUUAUCUAGGUGCAAAGCCUGAUUCCUUUUGUGCAGCUGCCUCCUAGGGAUGCCAUCUGUGAGGAAGACGGCCUGAACCUGGCUGAUAUGCCCACAAAGCUUUAUAUGAUCUUAGGGUUUCUUUCCCGUUGCGAUUCUGGCGUUGGGAGGAGUACCACCGACAAACAGUUCUUCUUUAUUAACCAGCGGCCGUGUGACCCAGCAAAGGUUUCCAAACUUGUGAACGAAGUGUAUCACAUGUACAACAGACACCAGCAUCCAUGUGUUGUUCUGAACAUAUGUGUGGACUCAGAGUCUGUUGACAUCAAUGUAACACCCGACAAAAGGCAAAUAUUUCUGCAAGAAGAAAAGCUUUUACUAGCAGUUCUAAAAACUUCAAUGAUGGAAAUGUUUGGCAGCGAUGUUAACAAACUUGUCCUCA